AUGUUAUAAUUAAAUUUUUUAUUCUUUAUACAGUUAAGGUUUGCUUAAUGUAUCUUCUAUUUGGGUUUAUUCUUUGUGAUACUUUUAAGGAAGGCUUUUAGGAGUGUUUAGGAAUAACUUUUCUUUCUUACCAUUAAUCUUAGUUUUAAAGCUUUAUUUCCUUGUGAUUUAAACUCUUAUCUGUAUUUUAAUUAAUAAUCCUUUUGAUUCUGUUACUAUUUUUAAUAUUUUUAAAUUUAUAUCCCACACAUUUUAGAUAAAUUUUAAUCCUGUACACAUUUUCCUACCUUCUUUGUUUAAAAUAUGGGAAAUGAACCCGAAGUAAACUCCGAUGAUGAACUGCUGAGUUUAUUACAUGUUUCUGGUGGCAAAUUCUCUAAACAUUUCACUCUAGAUUCUGGCACUUUAUUGAAUGAAUAUACUAAAUAUGGAAUUUUCAAAGAUGAAAAACCUUCUGAUUCUCAAGGUGAAUUCAAUAGUUCUAGCCUAUAUUUUGAUUUUAUAAACACUCUAAAGAACCUCUCUGAUGCUCACACAUCACACGAAUACGUUCGUUAUCUGUUCGUCAAGGACAAACAACAAUCUUCAAACAAUAUUAAUUUCAGCAGAUCAGAGUUUUUCGACGAUACUAUAAAACACUAUGAGGUUUUAGUUCACAUAAAACCGUACAACAUGAUUGAGAAAUGUACUCUGCGUGAAAUUGAGGGAGUUCCUGGCGUGACUGAUCCUGAUAAUUUGACAGUAAAGACUGUUAAUUCAAUGUUGGUGCAUGCAGAUAUCGUUGACGUAAUACCGUCCUUGGGCUUCAAGUUAUCCAAAAAACAAAAUGUUUCUAGUGAAGUUUUUCAUAUAAAUUAUGGCUCUAACAAUUAUGUCCAGAUAUCUGUAAUGCGUCACAUGGAAGACAAAGAGGAUCUAUUCCCAUCUACAUUCCUGGUUGAAAUAAAAUGUUUUGGUAAUCUAGAGCUUGAAUUCUACAAGAAUCGAAUAAACACAACCUCAAAACUACUGUAUAAAUUUGUAAAAUUUUAAACUAACUAAUUUUAUAAAUAUAUAUAA